GAGGAUCUCACACACUCACUGUUACACUCUGACACGGUGUGGAGUUAGCGGACAUACGGACGCACGCGGGGGGGAAGAAGUGCACCUGUCCUGCACGCGCUCUGAAUCCUCAGACGCUCUUUAACGGAGGAUCCGACCAGACGUCCCUAUGUGUGGAUGGGACCAAAGUUACACGGCGACCUCUCAUAGCUCGGCCAUGUUGACCAGUGAGGGGGCGCACACCAUGGAUCAGGACGACACUCGACAGGAAGCAAAGAUGGCGUCCACCGCCACCGCAGGAUCCGGCUCAGACGGAGCGGAGACGACGCAGGUGGACUCAGACGUUGACAUGGAGCUGGACGUGGAGGAGGCAGACAUGACCCGGUGGACGGAGGCCGAGUUCGAAGAAAAGUGUACAUACAUCGUCAAGGAUACAGCGUGGGAGGCGGGGCCAGACGGUGAUGCGGUGACGACAACAAUGACCAGAGCUGAGGCGUCGCUGCCCCGCAACCUGGCCUUCAAACACCCGGCUGACAGCAAGGAGGUGGUCGGCGUGUGCAGCAGGGAGUACAUCCCCAAAGGAACUCGCUUCGGACCCCUGGUGGGCGAGAUCUACACGGCCGACAGCGUCCCCAAAGACGCCAACCGGAAGUACUUCUGGAGGAUCUACGUAGACGACGAGUUCCACCACUUCGUCGAUGGCCUGGAUGAGACCCGCUCUAACUGGAUGCGGUACGUGAACCCAGCCCACUCGGCGGCGGAGCAGAACCUGGCAGCGUGUCAGAAUGGCAUGGAGAUUUACUUCUACACAGUGAAGCCCGUCCCCGCCGGCGCUGAGCUGCUCGUUUGGUACUGCCACGACUUCGCCGGACGACUGCACUACCCGCCAUCUGGAGAGCUCAUGAUGCAGAAACUCAAGCAGUCCCUUUUGGAGGUGAAGCAGCAGCAGGUGAGCAAUGAGGAGCGUUCAGUCGAAGCCUCCAGCCCGUCCCCAGUUGCAGUGACCCCCAACCCGCCCAAGAGGGAGCACAGCGUCCUCUCCAUUCUGCGUGGCACCUCCUCCUCAUCAUCCACAAAGAGGGAGCCCAGCAGACCACUCCCCACCCGCCCUCGCUGUGCUGACAGCCCUGAGCGCCUUCUGUACCCCCGUGCCCUCUACCCAGCUAUCAGGCCCCAUCCUCACGUCACUGAAGACUUCCUUGGGCACAAACCAGCCCAGAUUGGUUACCCUAUGACUCGCUCACCUGGAAACCAGUCUUCAGCCACACCUAGCCCAUCGGCGAGGAGCAGCCCGGAGAGCAGCCCUCAGGGAAGCCCAUCAGGUCCAUCCCCUGCUUCUUUCUACCCCUCCAGACUUGGUUCCUAUCCUGGUUAUUCUCCACCAUCUGCACCCCUCUCUUCAUCCUUCUACCCUCCAGGAGCUCCUUACUCACGCUACCUCCUUCCCCAUCAGUACCCUCUGCCUGGCGGUGGUGUUCCCACAGUUGGAGGAAUCUUUCCAAGCAUGUACCCUUUCUACAGAAGCCUCCUGCCUCCGCAUGUUCCCCUUCUGCCGUCUGACACAGCAGGACGGCCAUUCCUCAUGUCAGAACCAGUCCAUCCUUCCUCCAUCUCGUCCCACAGAGACUUCCUCCUCCCUGGGCCUACCAGUGCCUUCUCAGCCGCCACUUCUCUAAAGGAUAAAGCAGGGCCCCAUCACCCUUAUCCAGGGCAUCCUCAUCCUCAUGGACCCUCUCAUGCACCCUCCAGCGGCUCCCCAACAGCAGGCACAGCCCCACCCACUGAGCGGGUGCCCACCAAGCCUACCUCAGCCCUUCUGGGUGAUACAAGAGAUGAGGAGGCCAUGAACCUGACCAAGGUGAAGCGCGGCAUCGGAUCAGCAGGCUACAAGGCACUGCCAUACCCACUAAAGAAGCAGAAUGGCAAGAUCAAGUAUGAGUGCAACGUGUGCAGCAAGACCUUCGGCCAGCUUUCAAACCUGAAGGUUCAUCUUCGAGUGCACAGUGGCGAGAGACCCUUCAAAUGUCAGACCUGUAACAAAGGCUUCACCCAGCUGGCUCACCUGCAGAAGCACUUCCUGGUUCACACUGGGGAAAAGCCACAUGAAUGCCAGGUCUGUCACAAGCGCUUCAGCAGCACCAGCAACCUGAAAACUCACCUACGCCUCCACUCAGGAGAGAAGCCCUACCACUGCAAACUCUGCCCAGCCAAGUUCACCCAGUUUGUCCACCUUAAGCUGCACAAGCGCCUGCACUCCCGUGAGCGUCCACACAAGUGCCCCCACUGCCACCGCCACUACAUCCACCUGUGCAGCCUGCGUCUCCACCUGAAGGGGUACUGUCUGGCAGCUAACCCAGGCCCUGGCAGUCCAGCUGUUUCCAGUCAGGCCACCUUGGAGGAGAUGCAGCGCGCCAAUGAAGAGAUUGAGCGCUUUGACGUCAGUGAGCAUGCUGAGCGGUUGGAGCAGCUUCAGGGCGGGGUGGAGAUGGAGGCCAUGUUGGAGAAGCAGGUCUUAGGGAUGAUGUGGAGGGAGACGGACCUCAAGUCCUCCCACUUUCAUCCCCACCACAAAAGCGGGCCAAAUGAGCUUCUGUCUUCGGGUUAUGGUGUGUACGAGACCCCAACUGAGACAUCAGUCAUCAAGAUACGACGUAGCAGCCCCAUCUUACCACUUCCUGUCAAUGUCACCAUCAAGCAGGAGUCAGAGGAUCAUGCUUAAGUGACAUUUAAACCAAAAGACAUAGGGCCGAGACUUUAUGGCUCAAGGCGGACUGGGUUGCCAGGUACAACAGUUGUAAAUAAUUCUCUCUUUACCUGGUUAUCAUCAGGAGUGACACCAAAAGGACUCCAGGUUUUUAACCUAUCAGGGACUCACGUACUCAGGGCUCAAGAGACACUGUCCCAUGACUACUUAGCAGUUUCAGCGAUCAUUAAACUUAAAGACAAUCAUCGACCCAGGACUUACCUUUAAUGUAAUUAAUAUAAUGCUACUAUCAUUAUUGAUGUUGAAUUAUUUGGUCUUUAUUUUCAAAUGCUUUUGUUUUUUGAUCAGUUAGUUGUUAUAUAAUCUCCUUAAUUUAUUAUACUUUUUAUUUGUUGUCUUCUUAAGCAAUAAGUGGAAGGGAUGGUUACACUGACGGGGUGAAAUCAUUGUAAAAGACAUGUUUUAUUCUUGAUGUUUUUUUUCUCUUUGUGGCCAUUUCUCUGUAGAUGACACACUCUCUAUGCCUAUAUCCGUCCUGCAGCCUCUGACCUAUAGAACCAGGGGUGUCCACUCUUCAGGGUUAAAUCUAUUUAAAUUUAAAAAGUAACUAAAGCAGGUUAAGAAAGGGUUGGAAAACUCGCCACAUUGAUUUGUUGAUUUAGCAACAAGUAUAGUGGCUGACAAGUGCAACAAAGCUGCAAUGGCUCAAAUGCUUCACAAAAGGAAAAAUAAGCUGCAAAUUCAGAAAUGCAUGCAAAGAUGAGAAAAAUGCAUCAACCUAAAUUUAAUGCAAAUUCAAUAUGUGCUGCAGAAAAACUUUUGCAGCCUCUUUUCUAAUGUAAAUCAUUUUGGCAGUUGCAGGUCUUUUGCACUUGUAGCUCACUUUAAACAACAGCUUUAUUUCAACCCUGCUUGACAGCGUCCCUUAAGUAUGUCCUUUUCUGAUGCCUACCUUAAUUUAAAUGAGACAAAAAAGGGCAUUUUAUUUGUAUAUUUUUCCACAACGGUUACCUCAGUGUGCAUGUGGCUUGAAGAAUGCGUGUUUGAGUGCUUGUGUGAGUGUUUAAAGGGACAGCAAGAGGUGGGAGCUUUCUAUUUAUUUGCGUUUUGCUACUUGAAGGAGAAGAAGAAACCAAACUGAACUGGAGUGCAGCUCUUCAUGUGGUCCAAAGGAGCGGCACGGCCCGCUCAACAUGUAGCACAUAACGGACUCGGGAGGUUGGCUAGCCAACCCCUUAGUCUGUCCUUUUGUUUUACUUUUCUACAACACUGUUGUCAUCCAACGGGGAGGAGAACAUCCUCACAUUAAGGGAUUCACACUUGACGCUAGUUACCAAAGUUCACUUGGCUUUAAUUUAUAAUGCACACCAAAAAAGAGGAAAGGAAAAUCAAAAUAAGGGAAGAAGGACUUGAGGAAUCAAGAUGCUGAAGAAGGGAAGAUGUACUGUGUGUAUAUGAUGAAGUGCUUGCUCUGUAGCUGUCGUCUCUUGUUUUGUAGAUGUUUUUGUUUAAUUUUUUUUUUUGGUUGAGAAGCAAUGCCCCAUUCUUGAACCCCUCCCGUCUGCCAUCUUGAAAAUGAACUGGCAUACACCAAAGCACCUCGGCCUCCUUUUAUGCACUGGCCCCUCCUCUUACUUUAUAACUUCAGUGCCGAUGCUUGCACCAUUUACACUGUGUACAAUAUCAAUGAAACUGGUCAUGAUGGCAUUAAGAUUGAGCUUAAUGUUCCCAAAGCAGCUGUGACUUUCUGCAGCAGUUGCACAUCAACGUAAACUCUGAAUUUCUUCUGUUUAAUGAUCUUUUCUUUCUAAUGUUUGACCAAAGCGGCUCUUUUUCUCUGACCUGAGCUUUAACUCCCGAGGAGAAUCCCCGAAAGGACUGUCUCUGUUUACAUUCUGGUUUACAUCGUUAUUUAUGUGCAAAAAUGUCAAAAAGUGUAAAUUAUGAUAUAAAUGUU